AUGCCAGUAACCGAUGCCCAGACAGUGGUGCAGCAGAACCCUCUGCUGAACAUCCCCCACUGCCAGAACCUGUCCUCGGUGCCCUGUGCAAGAUGUCCCCAGCACCUGGCCUGGGGCCAUGACCAGCCUCAGCCAUUCUCCAUUGUCCCCAAGAGCAGGACAAGGCUUGGAGCCAAGUCACCAAGCCACUAUCUCCAGGAACGGCGCCAGUUCCACCCACUGAGCCCAGGGCACGACAGCACCCGACCCCCUCCCUUCAGCAGCCAGCUCAGCCCCCUGCAGCAGGACUCAGAUCCACCCGAGGCUGUCCCCCGAGGAGGGUUCUCCUCCCCGAGGAGGAUGGAGCCCGGCAGGUCGGUGCCGGCGGAGCUGAAGCUCCGCAAGCCCUCGCAGCGGGCCAGGAUCCCGGCGCCCUUCCUCGCCCACGCGGACGGGGCGCCUGGGCCGGCGGGGCCCCCCGGGCCGGACCCCGCGGAGGUAGACGCGGAAUCGCUGGUGCCCACGCACGAUGAGCGGGGCCGGCUCAUCCCCGAGUGGAAGCGGCAGGUGAUGGUGCGGCGGCUGCGGGCCCGGCUGGCGAGCGAGGACCCGGCGGGAGGGCAGGAUGCAGCCUCCUGGAGCUUCUCGGCCUCCCACCAAGCCGUGCUGGGCCCCUUCGGGGAGCUGCUGACCGAGGCAGACCUGCAUCAGUUGGAGAGGGCGGUGGAGAGCCUGCGGCUGCGGCGGCGUGGCGAGGUGUACCAGGGCGAGCUGCGGCGCCUGCCCCCGGGGGGCGGCCCGGCCGAGUACGACAGCCUGUCGCUGGAGCUGUUCAUGCUGGGCUAUUUCCGCAUCUUGGAGCAGGACCUGCCCCCCGAGGAGCGCCGAGGCCGCCACCUGCUCUGUUUCGAGGUGUUCGAGCAGCUGGGCCGGCACGGCUGGCGGGCGGUGCGCGCCUUCCACCGCGCCGUCAUCGACGAGAUCGCGGCCGGGCGGCGCGGCUGGCGCGACGGCUUCGACGACAUCAAGGCGCGGUUCUUCGGGACUCUGCACAGCCCGGCCCGGCGGCCGGGACAGCCCGCGGAGGAGGGGGACGAGAUUUGUCGCUACAUCGAUCGCAGCUUCGCCUUUUGGAAGGAGAAGGAGGCCGAGAUCUUCAGCCUGGAGGAGUGAUGCCGAGGGGCUUCGGAGGCCGCGGGCUGCAAUAAAAACCUUCUCGGUUCUGUCCCAGCUGAGCGAGGCUUUCCGGGGCGGUGAAGAAAGCUGCUAAGCUGGGCGGGCCGCCUCAGCAGCCAGCUCCCCCUGUCCCAGGGGGGGUGUUUCGAGCCCCGGCUGCCGCCG